UGUUUCCAAUGUCAUAUUCACAGACAAUUCUCAGUCCGUGAAUCAUGUCAUUCCUCAGAUCCCUCCUCGUCACGUGCAUGGUGACAGCAAGCACGUGCAGAUUACCGUUUGACUGGUGCUCCCCACCUCAGUGGGAGGCGCUUCAGGGAACACUGCGAGGAGUUUUCAAGGAUGACAUUCCCCACAUGGAAGCGAGCACCUUGAAGAUAUCGUACGACUUGAACCACUCGAGAAUAGCGACCACACAACUCCAAGACGGAGAUUCUCCUGAAGUCAAGAAGAUCUAUGAUUACACACAGAAAACGCUGUAUGUCAUUGAAAAUAACGCCUGUAGAAGAGUGUUGCUGAAUGAAACUUUCAGAAAAGCCUGCAUCCCCCAGGACGCCUACUUCAGCUGGGACAAGACGAGAUACGGCCUCGACUACAACAACGCUGUGUGGAUACAAGAAUUUCGGGGCUCCGAGGCCGGCAUCAGUUACAUCCUACAGACGACGUACGACCACAUGCCGGUGUUUGAGACGAUCUACGGAGAUCGUGACGGAGAGUAUGUGUUCUCAAACUCUGCCUUCGUCAACACGACGUUAGGUAUCAAGAACCCGGAUGUGUUUACCCCGCCCCCUAGCUGCAAGGGAGCGAACUACGAGCCUCCUGUUCCAAGAAGACUUGGGUUUAUGACGUUCUGAGACAUAGAGCGUAUAAUACCACAAAAGAUAAACAUCAUAUGUAAAAUAAAAUAAAUAAAUAAGUAA